GAUGGGACUAUAUAUACGUGGAGGAAUACACGAUCUAGGAAUGUGCUGCAGACCUCAGAAGCCAUUUUGAGAUGAUGUCCCUGUUGAGAAAGCCUAUGAAGAUGCUGAAAUCAACGAACAUGGUUACAUUUCUGUCUGUUUCUCCCUCCGUCUCCUCUAUUUCACCAUGGCAGCUGUCAACCGACGGGACAUUAGCAAAGCGGGGUAUCAAGCUGUGCUCACAGAGUUAAAACGUCAUUGAUAUGAAAGAGGACAGUGUCUGUUUACUGUCUCUGUCGAGACAUGUAACACCGUGAGUUUUUUCCAGUCUGAAAUCUUCCAGCAUCUCUCAAAACCCAACGUCUCCUUGAGUGACUUGAGUUAACUCACUCUUGUAACGUUACCGGAGAGAAGGGAGAGGCAGAUCCGUUUUCCAAUGGCUUCUGUGAGCCUUGUUUCCAGUCCCCCAGCCCCUGUUCUUGACAAAAACAUGACAGACUCUGAGCUUGCAGGGGAUGAAAGAGAGGAUGGCGAGCUGGAAGAUGGAGAAAUAGAUGAUGAAGGGAUUGGAAUUGAAGAGGAAAACAAAGAGGCCAUAGAGUUGAAUGAAGACAAAGAAAAAGAGAAGGAAAAGGAAAAAGAAAAAGCUAAAGAGAAAGAAGAAAAGACUCACAGGCACUCCAGGAAAAGAUACAAAAAAAACAGAGAGAAGAGGAGGUCUAAAAGGAGGAGGCGUGACAGACAGAAACACCACUCCCCCUCCAGCAGUUCCAGCUCUGACAGUUAUGAUUCUGACUACGACCGUCUAGAAAGGCCCAAAAGCAGGAAGAGUCAGGGAUCUAACCGUGAGUCUGAUGGCCAGUCUUCUCAGCAUGGACGGGAUUCAAAGGGAGGCCACGGCAAGUCCCCUCCGCACAAGAGCAGCGACUUUGACAAAUACAGUGACUAUAGUGACGACAAAUAUGAUUAUGAUGAAGAGGAGGAGGAUUAUGAAGAUGACAUGUCCGAGUAUCCGCAGUCGAAAGAUUCCCAGAGUCAGGGAAAAGGACGGCAUGCUAAAGAGCAGAUGAAGAGAGGAAACAUGAGAGGGAUGAAACAACAGCAAUUUGGGCAGAGGGGAAGAGGCAGAGGGAGUGGACCGGGAAGAGGACGAGGGAUGCUUAACAAGAACAAGAAGCUAAAGGGCAAACCCUGGGGAGGACGUGGACGAGGUCGAGGAGGAGACCAGGGCAUGGAAGACAUGGCCCUGGAAGGAAAAAAUUCUGGUUUUCAGAAGAAACGGCCAAUUAUGAGCAAGGAGUUUAUCAAUCAGCACACAGUUGAACACAAUGGUAGAUACAUCUGCAAGUAUUUCCUGGAGGGUCGGUGCAUCAAGGGGGAACAGUGCAAAUUUGAACAUGACCUUGUCAUACCAGAUAAGAAAAAAGAGCUUUGUAAAUUUUACCUCCAAGGAUACUGCAGCAAAGGAGAUAAUUGCAUUUACAUGCACAAUGAAUACCCAUGUAAGUUCUUUCAUACUGGAGCUAAAUGUUAUCAAGGGGACAACUGCAAAUUCUCCCACGAGGCUUUGACUGAUGUGACCAAAGAGCUGCUUGAUAAGAUAAUUAACACUGAAGAGGAGAACGCACGUGAGGACGAAUUGGAGCUGGAAGAUCUAAGAAAGCAGGGAAUCGCCCCACUUCCAAAGCCUCCUCCAGGGGUGGGGUUGCUCCCCACUCCCGGUCAGAGCAGUCCUACAGAUGGAGCUUCGGGGAAGAAGAUCCCCUCCCUGUUUGAAAUCAAGGUUCAACCUACUGUAGACUUGGCACAAAAAAUUGGUCUGAGUGGGUCCAACUACUCCCAGAAUCAAGGUGAAGGCACCAAUCAGUUUAGUGGAGGCUCAGAGGACACACAAAGUGGGGGAAUGGCACCUUCAGGCGCCUCUGCUCCUCCUAUUCCUCCCCCUGGAUCACCUGGUGCCAUGGGUCACCCCACUGGACCCCCCAUGCCACAGAGCCCCCCAGGACAGCACCCACCACACGGAUUCCCAAUGCAGCCACCAAUCCCCUCUGGUCAACCCCCACCCUUCCAACCUAAUAUCAACCCUCAGAUGAAUAUGCAAAGGCCUCCAUUCCCUCCUAUACCAGAUCUGCAGAUGCUGCAGAGUCUCUUUCCUUUUCCAUCGUUGGGUCAGAACCCGGUAGAGAUGUUCAGCAGCUUCCUCCGAAAUCAGGCCAUGGGUCAACAAGGAGACCCUAGUCUGGCCUUCAUACAGAACCUCCAGCAGCAGAUGGGUGCAGAAUCACAGUUGCAGUCUUUACCACCAGCAGUACAGAAAGCCAUCUUUUUACACCUGACACAGCAGCAACAACAACAAGAGUCACACCCACAAGGGAAUGAGCCACAGAGAGCAGAGGGGCAGGAUGAUAAUGCAAACAGAGAUGAAACUACAAACUGGUAUUCAAGCGAUGAGGAGGAUGGGAGCUGUGUUUCCUCCAUCCUUAAAACUCUAAAGAAGCAGAAUGAGAUGCAACAGUCUCAGUCCAAGCUCGCCCAAGUUGCACCUGUGGCUCCAGGACUGGGUGACCCUCGGCUUGUGAAGGAGAGGGCCCCACCUAGUGAUCCCCGCAUGAAGACAGACCCUCGACAGCGACCCCCAGAUAUGAAAAAGGAGUCAGAUGGUGCUGCAGACCCACGGCUCUCCAGAGACCCAAGGAAACUGAGACCAAUGGAGCCGAGUUCCUAUCGCCAGCAGAGCCACCCCGCUCCUCUGAAGCCUCCUACGGGAGAUGAGGAUGAUGAAGGAGAGCGGGAGCUCAGGGACAAAGCUGUUCUCAUCCCUCUAGAUGCCAGCCCCAAUGUGGUGCUGCGGGACCCUCGUUGCCAGUUAAAGCAGUUUAGCCACAUCCGGGUGGACAUCUUGCUCCAGCGGCCAGCCUUUGCUCAGACAGUGGUGUGGGCCCCCGAGGAUCUCAUUCCUUCCCUGGUACCCAAACAGGAACACUCCAUCAACCUUCCCCUUCCACCCCUAAUCGCUGACGCACAAAUGAACCGAACAAACCUGCCUGACCAUCCGCCCAUCUCCAGCCCUCCACCAACUGACCCCAGACUAGCAGCUGCACGUUUGAAGGAACGUAUGAAUCGUUUGUCCUCUGGAUCUGUAGAAUCUCGGUCCUCCAACGAAAGACCUGCAGAUCCACGUCAGUCAAAGAUUAUGGACCCCAGACUCAAGCGUACAGGUAGUCUGGACUCUAAGAUGCUGGGUCAGAAAGAGCCCUCCUCUGGCGGAGUAGUUGUGGACCCCAGGCUACAAAAGGCCAGUGCUAGUUCCUCUCCUCAUGCUGUUCGAGCUAAGCCAGAACCUGAAAAGUUGCCACCAUAUGCCCCUCGUCUGGCAUCAUCUGGUGGUGGGCUUGAGAGUCCCACUACAAUUCUUGGGGGCAUCAGUCUGUACGAUCCUCGUAAUCAGACUGAGCAGUCUCAGAAGGAGCAAGCAGAGCCUCCUAAAAAGACGGGAAUCCUCAAACACCCGGAUAAAAAAGACAAUCCUCCACCACCAUCACUCUCACCAACUCAACGAAGUAGCUCUUUUGAAGAACCCAAAAGCACAGAUGUUGCCUCAGAUCAGCCUCUGUCCGUUUCUCCUACUGUGCCUCCUACCUCACCUGUCAAACCCCCCGCAGUACAUAAUCUCCCCAUCCAGGCACUGGCUGGGCUGAUCCGACCUCAGUACACUGACCCUAGGCAGGCCAAACUAGGAGGACAGGGCUCAACGGGUGCACAAGAAGAGGCAGAGGAAAAGAAGGAGAAGGAGCAGGAGGAGGACAUGGAGGAAGAACCAAAACAAGAUGAUCCAGAGGAGGAGGCAGACGACAGGACACUUAAAGAUGUGUUCAAGACUUUUGAUCCGACUGCUUCUCCUUUCUGUCAGUAAACACUAUUAAUCAUUAUUUAGCUUUACAUGAACCUAUUUAUUUCUGUAUAUAAAUGACCCUGUAUAGAAACACAUCCUAUUUAGUGCACCACACAUCUGUGAGUAUGGAGAUGAUGCACAGACACAGUGUAUAGUUCCUUUUAACAUAAUCAUAUUAAUGCUGAAAUGUGUGUUUUGAAAGUGAGUUGAGGUCUUUUAUCAUAUUGUGUAAUUUUCAUGUACGUUUUUAAACAAUCAGAAAAAAGAUUUAGAAAAAAGAGUUACAUUAACGGUAUACUCUGUCACUAAGGACUGGCCCUUAUGUUGAUUACUAAACUCUGGGUUCAUUCCAGGCAUUACACUCUGUAAAAUAGGUCAUUCAUCACUCUAGACGCAGAGAGAUAAUGCAAAGUGAUCGAUCAAACGGCAGUUAGAGGAAUUCCCUUGAGAAAUUUUGUAUUUAUUUAUUUCACUGACACUUUUAUAUUAAGAUUUUUAUGUUUGUGCUCACUUUUAUGAGAAGGGAUUUUUAACUAAGUCAACAGAUGCUUUCUCAAACAUUUACUUUAAAAAAAACAAACAAAAAAAACACCCUGAUCUAAAUAGUUUGCAAAUUGUGCAUCUCUGACACAAUGAUGGGAAGAUAAUCAAAACACAGUCCCAGUGGCCCUCUUUACUGCACGUUUCCCAGGAAGGCACAUACAGGGUACAUGUGCUUGUGGUGUGAUACAGACGUUUCAGUUCCUUACCUAAAAUGCUAAUAGCAAUGUUUGAUUGCUCUUUCCAUUUAACAACUUGUGUUUUUAAAUUAAAUUCUCUACAGGUUUGCAGAAAUGUUUGUGCAAUAUGAGAGAGUUCCCUGCUUAGUUGACAAGAAAACAGUUCAAUUUCUGUUUUGUACAUUGCUGGACUUUUUUCAUCCAAGUGGUUUGAAGAUUUGACGUUGCUGUUGUAGGCUUUUCUAAUUUGCUAACCGGUUAUCGAUGACAGUGAGUGAAUUUGGUUACCAAAUUUGAUUUGUUAUUGUCUCUCCUCAAAACACUCACCGCUGACAAGCUUGUAAAUAGCAGGAAACAUGUCUUUCACUUGUUUUCAUCAGACUACGAAGUCAAAAAAGAAAGUGUACUGUACAAAGAGAAAAGCAGAUAUACAGUUUAUGAUGCAAAUCUUUAUGACGUGUUGAAUUCUGUUGAGUUGACUGCAGAUGAACUCAGAUGGCGUCAUGUGUGCUACAAAGAGCGAAUGUUGGAGGCUCAAGAUGGCAUAACACUAUGUAGUUUGUGUUUUUUGACAGUUCUGUGUCUAUUAAGGCGAGCUAUUCAUGUUUGACUGAAACUAAGCUAUGUACUUUUUUUAAAAUUGUUUUCAUACGUCACAUUGUAAAUGCCUAUUUUGUAUCAUGUGUACAGUCUGGUUUUGAGUGUUUUAAUGAAUAAUUAUUUUUUUCCCUGUCAGUAUGGUGGUUCUGGUUGUAAUAAUACUGUAUGACAUUUUAACAAACACAUAUGCCCGUCACAUUUCAGUGAUUUUAUUAUAAAUAUCUGAAAUAAAAAGAUAAAACAUACAGUAUUUCAGAAUCACACAUUAAGUUGCAUUGUC